AAGCGGCGCAAGAGAGCCAAGGCGUGGGGCGGGAAAGCCGGACAGCCCCCGGCGCUGCCAGAGCCGGGCAGGUCUGCCGAGCGGGAGGAGAAGUUGUCCGUGCUGAUGGACGAGAGCCCGGCCGGCACCAGCCCCGUCUGCGCCAGCAGCUGCCCUGCCGAGCUGCUCCCCAUCGAGCUGGAUGAGAUGGUGGGCAAAGGGCAGUUCGCGGAGGUCUGGAGGGCCAAGCUGAGCCACAGCCGCUCGGGGCAGUACGAGACAGUGGCCGUGAAGAUCUUCCCCUGCGAGGAGUACUCCUCCUGGAAGAACGAGAGUCAGAUCUUCACCGACGCCAGCCUCAAGCACGACAGCGUCCUGCGGUUCCUCACCGCCGAGGACCGGGGCACGGGGCCCCGCCGGGAGUACUGGCUCAUUACCGCCUACCACAGCCGGGGCAACCUCAAGGACUACCUCUCCCACCAUGUCCUGAGCUGGAUGGACCUACAGAAGAUGGCGGGCUCCCUGGUGAGUGGGGUGGCUCACCUCCACAGCGACUACACCACUUGUGGCAGGCCAAAAAUUCCCAUCGCCCACCGAGACAUCAAAAGCACCAACGUCCUGGUGAAGAAUGAGCAGGAGUGCGUGCUCUGCGACUUCGGCAUCGCCAUACGCCUUGACCCUUCCCUGACGGUGGACGACUUUGCCAACAGCGGGCAGGUGGGCACCGCCAGGUACAUGGCCCCAGAGGUCCUGGAGUCAAGGGUGAACCUGGAAGACCUGGAGUCUUUCAAGCAGAUGGACGUCUACUCCAUGGCCCUCGUUUUGUGGGAAAUGGCCUCCAGAUGUGAAGUGGUAGGAGAGGUAAAGAAUUAUGAGCUGCCUUUUGGGUCAAAAGUCCAGGAGCAGCCCUGUGUGGACACCAUGAGGGACAUCGUGCUGCAUGGCAGAGGGCGACCCGAGAUCCCAAGCAGCUGGCUGGUGCAUCAGGGAAUGCGUUUUCUGUGCGACACCAUCACAGAGUGCUGGGACCAUGACCCUGAGGCUCGCCUCACCGCCCACUGUGUGGCCGAGCGCUUCAACCUGAUGGCACAGAUGGAUUGCGACGACAUCCUCAACAACAACACGGACAACGAGGCCAGCAAAACAGCUUCUCCAGGCGGGGAGCACCAGGACAGUGACGGGAGCAGAAAUAUGCAGUGACACAGAAGGCAAACAGCCUCAUGACGAGAAAUGAGACAAUAAGUGAGAAGCAUUUAGCUCACGGGGAAAAAACUUCACUCCAUUUUUCAUAAAUGGAACUAAGAUCUAGUACAUAACUUAUUUAUAAGAUCUGUUUCCUCCCACAGAUACAGUGAACUGUGGAAUCAAUACUUUGGUUAAAGUGCAACAUUAUAUAUGAACUGAUUUUGUACUUACUUUAAAUGUAUAAUAAUGCAAAGCAUUCCUUUUAUUAUUUUUUAAAAUAAUAAUGUUUAAUCUUUUAUUAAUAAGCA